AUGUAGAAUUUGAAAGAGAUAUUUUAGAAGGCUCAUGGCUACAAAGAGAUAGUGUCGAAGCAGCGUUACAUGGUCAAUUUCUUUAAGAAUGAUGAAAUUCCAAUGGUCAUCUUCUCAUAUGUGUGGACUAAUGAGCAGGCGACAAAGAGAGUGAGAGAACUGAACAAAAAGGCGAAGUCAAUUAUCGAGACUACAUUCAUGCAGUACUUUUCAGAGUACUUCACUCAGAUGGAAUGCUCCAAGCCUGAGCCUAACAGAGACUUGGACUUUGAUGACUUCAGGGAUUUCUACUUUAGUUAUUACAAGAAUGUCCAUAUUCAUGGCAUUGAAAUCUACGAAACUGAUUAAUAUCUUUAAGGAAUGGAGAUAUGUUACUUAGUUGAUGGAGACUAUUCCAAAUAUGCAUUACAUCAUACAAUCAGAAGGCAAAAGCUUGGCAAGGGCAGAGGACUGGCCAAUUCCUCAUCUACCUCUUCCCUAGUCCAGGGCAACUUCAAGCCAAUUGGAGGUGGGAAGGAUUCAACUUCAGGUGCUCCAGGAGGGAUAAGUAUAUUAGAAAAAAGUUUAUUCAAGAAGAGUUCAAUAUACUUCUAGAGAGACGAGUACAUUGUAGGUUUGAAGGUGACUGGAAAGAAAUAUCUUCACUAUAUGGAAAUAAAGACCAACCAUGGUAACUUCCUGACAUCAGGCACUAUCUAGAAGGAUGACAACCAUUGUGAGUUUGACAUCCCAAAAGAUCACAAGGUGAUUGCCUUUUCGGGACUGCUUGAAGUGAUGUUCAAUGAGUGCAGAAUAUUAGAUCUUUCAAUUGUCACAAAAGAAACAGAAUAAGAUUGCGAUUAGGCUAUUAAAAGUUUGACGUACAAGGAUAUGAUUAACAGCAGUUCUUAAUUAUUCAAUGUGAUUAAAAGUGAAAUGUGUGAGAAUAUUAAGAGAAUAAAGGCAAUUAAGUUGUACCCAGGUACUCUUUUAGACAAAAAGAUUAGAUCAAACAAGGCCGACUGCGUAGGUGGUAUCUAAAUAACAUAUGAAUUGAAAAGUGGAGGGGAAUUUGUAGAUGGCUUGACUGAUUUGAGAUGCUUGAACAAAGAGCUUCCCGCAAAAUCUAUAGAAAUCAAAGAUAAUGAAUACAUCACAAUGAUCUAUGGAACAGGAACUGACUAUAUCAAAACUCUGUGCAUAAAGACUAACUUCUAUAGGAGAGUCAAAAUGGGUUCGACCAAGGAUGAGCAGCCAGGGCUUGGCAAGCAAUUGUCUCGCUCAAGUUCAGAGCAGUUUGACCUUGUAGGGCUUAAAGGGGAUUAGUUUUCAAUUAACCUGCCAGCUGGUGCUAAAGUUAUCGCAUUCUCAGGAACUGCUGACGAUUAUCUAAGAUCCAUUUCUGCAUACUACAAAAUUUGA